AUGACGCGGUCCUCCUCCUCCUCCUCCUCCUCCUCCUCCUCGCGCCACGCGGUCCUCGUCCUCUUCGCCGCCGCCGCGCUCUUCGCCGCCGCGGCGUCCCCCGUCGCCGCCGCGGACGCCUCGCUCCUCUCUCGCCGGCUCCUGCAGACGCCGCCGUCGCUGACGCAGUGUGCCGUCGGCGUGCGCGAGUGCGACGGCGACAAGCACGCCAAGGCGGCGGAAAAGGCGAAGAAGGCUGGCGACCCAACCCCGGCGUGCGCGUCCUACGACGGGACGUACGAGGACCCGCAGCGGCUCACCUGGGUCGUCGCCGUCGCCGCGCUCGCGCAGGUGGUCGGGUUCGUGAUGUGCUUCGGCAUCGGCGCGAACGACGCGGCGAACAGCUGGGGCACCUCCGUCGGCAGCGGCGCGAUCUCGCUCACGCAGGCGGUACUCUUGGGCGGCGUCAUGGAGUGGCUCGGCGCGCUCGGGCUCGGGUACGGCGUCGCGAAGACCAUCAAAGGUGGCACGAGCAAAACCGACGACGCGUCGUGCUGGGCGUGCGGGUACUGCGACAGCGAGAUGUCCCUGUACAUGGUCGCCAUGACCGCCGCGCUGUUCGCCGCGGGCGUGUUCCUGAUCCUCGUCACGUUCACGGCGAUGCCAGUCAGCACGACGCACGCCAUCGUCGGCGGCACCGUCGGUGCCGCCGCCGUCGGCGCCGGGUGGGCGUGCUUGAACUGGGACUUCGACGGCGGGCUCGCCGGGAUCAUCGCCUCCUGGGUCAUAUCCCCGAUCAUGUCCGGCUGCGUCGGCGUGAUCAUGUACUGGCUCACGCAUCAUCUGAUCGUCAAGGCGCGGCUCGGCGGGGGUCCGAGGAGGUGCGCGCUGAUCGGUCAGCCGAUUCUGUGGACGACGCAGACGUUCGUGAUCGCCUUUUUGAUCCUGCUGAAGGCGCAGCCGACGAAGAAGUGGGCGUACUCCCAGAUGGCGUGGGUCGCCGCGAUCGCCGCCGCGUGCGUGUUCGUCCUCGUCCUCGCGUUCUUGAACCCGCACACGCGGCGGCAGAUGCCGUCGAUCCGCGCGAAGCGCCCGAGGAAGGCGUCGUCGUCGCCGUCGCCGCCGAACGGCUCGCCGUCGCGGGCUUUGCUCCGCGUCAAGUCCAUCGGCGACGGACUCGGGCGGUUCCUGAACAAGGUCACGACCGGCGGCGGCGACUACAACUCCGACGUCAACAACGGCAACAGCUCGACGCGACCGCUCGCGCCGCCGCCGACGACGUCCGAGGACGCGAUCGAGCGCGAAGACGCCGCCGCGGCCACAUCGCCGACGCGUCAUCAUCACUCCGGGGAGAUCAAAAAGGCGCCGCUCAAAGAAGCCGCGCACGAUAUCAUCAACCCCUCCCCGCGCGAACGCGCGCACUCCAAGGCGUCGUUCCUCGCGGAGUCCGCGCAGUUCACCGCGGAUGAGUACGGCAGAGGCAUGAGCGAAGAAGAAGUCGACGCGACGUUCAUGUUUCGAUACCUCCUCGUGUACACCGCGGCUUUGGAGUCGUUCGCGCACGGCGCCAACGACACCGCCAACGCCACCGGCCCGUUCAGGCGCGCGGUCUACCUGUCAUAUACGCACGGGCUGGACGACUGCUCGAAGCCGCAGACGCCGGCGUGGAUCAUGGCCGUCGCCGGGUUCGGGGUCUUUCUCGGCGUCACGACGUUCGGGUAUCGCGUCAUUCGCACGAUCGGGAAGGAGCUCACGGAGAUCAACUACCAGCGCGGGUUUUGCAUCGAGUUCGCGUCGACGCUCACGGUGGUCGUCGCGACGGUGCUCGAGAUGCCGGUGUCGACGACGCACUGCCAAGUCGGCGCCGUCGUCUUCGUCGGCGCCGCCGCGUUCGGACGCAAACGCGUCGCGUGGGGCCUCGCCGGGAGGAUCGCGCUGACGUGGGUGCUGACGCUGCCGUUCGCGGGGCUCGCCGCGGCGGCGGUGACCGCGGCGCUCAGACCCGCGAUCGCGACGUGA